ACUGCUAGAGCAGUUAUUGGUCACAGCUUGUCACAUGGUACAAGGCUGUUGUGAAUAGCCUUGUACCAUGUGACCUCUGUGAUCAUUCACAGAAUUUACAAGUAGUAAGCAAUGAUGUCAGGAAGUGACAUCUUGUUUACUACUGUUCAUGUGAUCACUGAUUGGCCAAUCAGUGUGCCAUUGGCGGCCUCAGCUGUCGAUCACCGGGUCCCGGUCAGUGAUUCCCCACCGGCACCUGGCGAUCGCCGAGUAUCACUGAUGGGGGAGAGGUCUGUAUGUAAAUAAGACAGAUCUCUCCUCUGUAAGCUCCUGCACACUGCUUUGUA